GAUAAGCAUGAAGAGUCGUAGCAGUCUUGACUACUAAAACACAGACCAUCUCUGCAUUCACACACUGAAGAGAUGUACUUGCAUGUUCUUAUGUAAGAUAAAUAGGAAGAAAAUCUGUAAAGAGAUCCAGACGUGUGUACAAAGGAAUCAAAUCGAAAAAAAAAAACAAAAUGGAAAAGAAGAAGAAGGUAGUGCCAAAAAGACUCCAAGGUAAAGUGGCGAUCGUGACGGCAUCAACGCAAGGGAUAGGCUUCGGUAUCGUUGAGCGGCUCGGCCUUGAAGGCGCGUCUGUCGUCGUCUCUUCUCGCAAACAGAAAAACGUGGAUGAGGCAGUAGAGAAGCUUAAAGCUCAAGAGAUUGAUGCAUUUGGAAUCGUUUGUCAUGUCUCUAAUGCUCAACAUCGCCAGAUUCUUGUCCAAAAGACAAUUCAAAGAUAUGGGAAGAUAGAUAUUGUUGUCUGUAAUGCCGCUGUUAAUCCAUCUACUGACCCAAUCUUAUCCACCCAAGAAUCUGCUCUUGACAAGCUUUGGGAAGUCAAUGUCAAGUCAUCUAUCCUUCUCCUCCAGGAUAUAGCUCCUCACUUAGAGAAGGGUUCUUCUGUAAUCUUCAUAACCUCCAUUGCUGCCUUUCAACCGCAAGUACCAACGGCAAUGUAUGGAGUUACCAAAACAGCUCUUCUCGGACUAACCAAGGCACUAGCUGCUGAGAUGGGACCGGACACAAGAGUGAACGCUGUAGCGCCUGGUGUUGUGCCAACACACUUUGCCUCUUUCAUCACCCGGAACUCUGAAGUGAGAAGAGCCAGUGAGGAGAAAACACUGCUCAACAGGCUGGGAACAACGGAUGACAUGGCCGCUGCAACAGCUUUCUUGGCCUCUGAUGAUGCUGAUUACAUCACCGGAGAAACUUUAGUGGUCGCCGGAGGAAUGCCCUCCAGGCUCUGAAUCAAAAUCCCCCACUAGUAAUAAUUCAUAUAUCAAUAAAACUUGUUGAGGGACAAGAAAACCUCACAUUUGUUACUCUUGUGUGAUCAUGUGGAAUGCUUUAAUUUCUCAUUAUGAAUAGUAGUAAAUGGAACAUAUUUUUAUCUACCAAA